UAGACUGCCGGUAGAAACUCAGGUCGACUUGAUCACAGUUCCCUAUUUCAAUCUUCCGGCCCUUGAUCGUAGCUCUACAGCAGCAACCGCUUCCGUAACGUCCGAGCAGUGAUCAACGUUUAUUCGCUGUGGGAUGUUGGUGGGUGCUGGGAUAUUUGGAAGACUGCUUGCAUUGGUGUGCGUGUGGGGUACGGUGGGGUAUCCGAAGUGAAGAUCACCUCUAUGCCAAAUCUUUUGCUCACAAUUCUGAAUCUAUCUAGCUAGCUAGAAGAAACACCGGUAGCUCAAUUCCUGAAAAGCAUCCUUCUAAACUCCUUCGCCAAGAAUCUCAUCCUCCCCAACAUCAUGUUCAUGAACGAUUCUUACGCAUACGCAGCUUCUGGAGACCAUCUUUCCACCAUGGACGACGCUUCCUAUCACUUACCCGGCCUUGACAGCAGCGAAACUUCUCACUCCUCCCGCCGGCGCCGCAGCAGCAGUAUCCUCAAGACUCAGACUCUGGAGGAAUCCUUGAGCAGCAUGGGCCUGAACAACAACGAAGUCAGUCGCCGGCGCAAGAGCAGCGUCAGCUUUGAUAUCGUACAAGUCCGAGAGCACUCCAUGAUGCUGGAUGAUUCUCGACAAGGCUUGUCUCUGACCAUGGAGUGGAAGUGCUGCCACGAAGAUGUCAUGACAGUCCAAGAAUUCGAUUGCUGCCGCAAGUCCAGCAGUGACAAGAAAGAUGGUGGCGUUCGCUACCUAACUCCCAUGGAACGCAUGACCAUACUCAUUGAAGCCGGAUAUGCCGUCGGCGACUUGUGCGAUCACAUUGUGGCCGAAGAAAAGCAGGGCAAGACGGUACAUCCCUGUCACUACAAUAGUGCUAACAGCAGCAGAAGGCACAGACAUGGGGCCAAGGUAUCCUCUGCUGUAAGCGCAAAGUCAGAACAAGAUCCACAGCAAUGUAGUAGCAUCUACUCCAGAGUCAGAAAAGCUGCCAAGGGCUUUCGAACUGUCAGAGCAACUUGCUAG